AUGGAGAUCGAAAAGAUGCCCGUCUACAGACACCAGAUCCUCAGUGUGACUGGAGAAAUCCUGUGCAUUGAUGGUACAAGAAAAGUCCUCAAGAAGAUAUAUGGUGAUGGCCAGGGUACCAUGCAGUACGUCACCAGUGUACUGAACGAGUGGGGCCAGUUCUUGACGACAGUGGUGGUGGCAGCUGAGUCAGAGGGGUGCUACGCGCGCAUGGCGAAAGGUCUCAUUGCCCGGUUUCGACGUGCCAAUGCUCCUGCACCAAAAGUCAUUUAUGCAGACAACAACUGCUGUCGUGACAGCGGUUCCUCCUUUCUGGAGAGUCUGUUUGCUGACUGGGUACAGCAGGGUGCUGUGGUCAGACUGGACAUCCGACACUGGCUACAUCGCUGGGAUGCUGUUGUGAUCAAACAGAGCCAUGCCAAGUACGGGUUGUUCAUGAGUGCCUUGGCGGGUGCGGUGCUCGCCUACAACAAGACGGACAUGAUGCUCCUGGUCCAGGCUGUCAGGAGUGGCAACGCAGAGCUGUACGGCAGGUAUUCCGACGAGGAGAUGAUAGCCUUCCUCAAGCCUCACCAGGUCAGAUCGUAUGUGAGGCGCAUCACCCGUGGGGUUGUGGAGUCUGCUUUGGUGAUUGAGGCCAUCAUUGCCGAGUUCAGGGGACCAGCAGGCCUGGACAUUGAUGGAAUCCCCCUGUUCAAGUCAACAGAGGCAGUUGAUGCUCACUGGGCAACUGCAAGCAAGCAUCUCGGCUGCAUGCAGGAUCCCCCUGGCAUACAGCUGUAUGUGUCUGUGAAGGUUGUGGUGCUGAAUGGUGUUCGGCUCAACAAGUACAGGUGCCGGAGAGGCAGUAACUCUUUGGAGGGGUUGCACGCACACCUUUACAAUGCCAUACCUUCACAGAGAUGUGGGAUUAUGCCGUUCCAAGCAUACCUGAUGGCCUUUGCUGUGCAGUGGAACAACCGCAUGGCAUCACUCCGGGUUGCUGGCGGUCAGGGUCGGCAGACGUCAUGCAUGGACGCGCGGCAGAUCCAGCGCAUCAAUCAGCAGGCUGAGCUUCUGUUCGGCAAGGAGCACGUCCUGGAGCCCAACUUUGCUGCUCCACUGCCUGUCCCUGAUGCGUACGAGCACCCAGAUGAGGAGGAGCUCCUUGGCGUGGAGUAUGCCGUGUGCCAGUCUACCAGCUUCACGGCUAAAAAUUUCUAUGUGCAGAAAGUUGAGGAAGAGCAGUCUCGUGAGGAGGAGGAGGAGGAGUCUGAGGAGUCGGCUGAGACAGAUGAAGAUGAAGAGAUGGCAGAUGAGGGUCUUGGCAUGUCUGCAGAGUCAGAGGAGGAUCCUAUUGACAGCUUCUGCAGGAACCAUGCCAUCCUCACCAAGGCAGAACAGGUGGAGGAGGAGGACAGCCCCGCUCUGCAAGAUGUGCUCAUGACCCAGGGACAUCUGCAUCUGCCAGGAAUAGAAGAAGUGGAGGCACUGGCCUUGCUGCUCCUAGAACUGGUAGACGACAGCGACCGCCACCUAGUGGGGCUACACCCUGUUUGGCCGGUGUCUUGGGGCUGA